UGGAUAUUGUAUAUUGGAAGUUCAAAGUUUAAUAUGGGUGCUACAAACAGCAUAUGUGUAACGGAGUCAAAAUCACCAUGUAUGAUGUUGCUAACCCGUUCUACUUCCUUUCUAUUUCGGGGUAAGGAAAAACAUUCGUAUAAUAUCUUCCAGUUUUAAAGUAGAGAGUUGCUUGUUGAGAAACCGUAUUCUGCUACUUUCUUCACCGCCUCAUCACUCAAAAACGAUAUGAGGUAUUCAAAAUGUCCUGAAACAGGCACUUGACGCAUAUAUGCUUCUACCCUAAAUUUCAAAACAGCCUAAUCCGACGAAGUUCCUAAGAGUGGUGGCUGACGAGGGCCAGUGCUGGUUGUUGCCUUGGUUGGCAGCACCGGGGGUUCGUCUGAGUUUGCUUUGAGUUUUUUAGUAGUCACCUCCAUCACCAAUUGUAACACGUGUAACCAGGCGAGGUGUUAGUCGUGGGCGGUCAGACUGGAUCUGGAACAGUCUACCAGCAUAUAACAACGACCGCGGUCGUCAGACGGAAUGUAUCUAUUGUAGGAGGUUUGGAAGAAACGCGUGGAGAUGUGGCCACAAUCGAAUCCGUAAUCCAGGGCGAUCAAACAUAAACGCUUUGGAAGCUGAAGAACAAGCCCUGAGUGCUCUGAACUUACAGGAUGACUCAUAAGACUUUGGUACACUAGCCACCCUUUUCUGUACAAACCCCGCGUAUUUUAAUUUUCAAAUAAAAGAGUGCUGUGGCUACCAGUUCGUGUUCUCUCUUGGUGUGAGGUGUUAAACUUACCUUGUGUGUUGUGAUUUUAGAUCCUCUCCGCCCUUCAUUGACUGCUGGUUGCACGUGUUACAUAUGUGUAACGCUGUUUGCUGUCUGUUUAUUCGUAUAUUGCAUAAUCCAAGCUGAAUAAUGUCUAAAGGGAUAAUUUUGCGCGGUCGACAAACUGCCCAAGCUAUUGGUCAGAAAAUUAAAUCGGAUGUGGCUUAUUUAAAAUCGAACUUUGAAAUCUCCCCUAAAUUAGUUGUUGUUGAAGUUGGUAAUUUACCGCAAUCAAAAUUGUAUAUAGAGCAAAAAUUUAAGUUUGCAAAGAAAUAUGGCGUAAUUUUGUCCCACACGCGAUUUCCAUCACAUUUGCCUGAAUCAGUGCUUUUAGAUUAUAUUUAUAAAUUGAAUUCUGAUUCAUCAGUGCACGGCAUCACUUUACAAUUGCCUUUUGAUUCUGAAUCAAAUAUUAAUGUUACUAAUACACUGAAUGCUGUGGCUACCCUAAAGGAUGUUGAAGGUUUAAAUUCCUAUAAUACAGCUAUAUUAAGUCGUAAUGAUAUAUUAUGUCCCCGAUGUGAAAGCUUAAAACAACAGCAUGUUCAUAUACCUUGUACAGCAGCUGCAUGUUAUGCCUUGAUUCGUCAUGUGAACUUUCCUAUAACUGGUUCCCACUGUGUAAUCAUUGGUUGUGGUCGUCUUGUUGGAGCACCUACAGCUGAUUUGUUGUCAAGAUCAUGCGGUGCAACGAUUACACAAUGUCAUAUACAUUCAAAUAAUAUUAAUGAAGAAAUUAAUCGAGGUGAUAUUGUUAUCUCAGCAGUUGGAUAUCCAGGAUUAAUAAAAGGUGAAUGGAUUAGACGAGGAGCGUUAGUAAUUGAUUGUGGCUAUACUGUUGUUAAUGAUCCUCAAAAUCCAAACAAAUCACGAUGCGUUGGUGAUGUGGAGUUUGAGACAGCUGUAGAAAAUGCCAGAUGGAUUACACCAGUUCCAGGUGGAGUUGGUCCAGUUUCAAUUGCUAUGUUAUUUCGUAAUACUGUGAAUAGUGCUAAAUGGUCUGUAGGACUAAACAAUUCUGUAUGUUCUUGUUCAAAUUAUUGUGAAAGUGAUAUUAUAUCUAAACAGUAUACUGAUAGAAAGGUAUCUGUUUGUGAAAGGUGAUAGAUAUCUUAAUGAAUCGAACCAAUGAAUAUUGUUUCUUUUCGUCUUCUUUCUUUAUAAUUAGAUAUAGGUUGUGCUAAUUCGGCUUUUCUUGAACAGAUGCUUAACUAAAGAUUCUGUAUAGGGCUAUUUCAUUUAUCUUAUAAUUGAGUAACCUAUUGAUAAUUGCAAUACUGGCAAAAUUAAUCUUCUUUUUUCAUAUACUUUAUUAUUAUUAUUAUUACUAUUAUCUUCAAGUGAUUAUUUUAACUUCAUGGUAUCAAUAUCUUGUGAUGUAUAAUGUUAUAGUGUGAAAU